GGCUAGCGCUGCUAGCACCGCGGGCACAAGCACCUUUGGACAAUUGCUAAGCUAACAUUUUAAACUUGCUGAAACCAUUUGGCGUUACGUUAAAGUCAGGUUCACGUGGGAACAAUCAUCGUUAGUUGUCAAUUUAUACCCAUGCGAAAAAGUUGUUGUCGUGAACGGUAUGACUAAUUUAUAUUUAGGGAUCAGGUUGUAUUCUUAGCAGUAGCCUCUGAGCAAAGGUCUGACUGGCAGACAUGGAGAAUCGGGGGAUUGAAGACAUGUUUGACUUUCGUCGGGUUCCCAAAGAUGCAGUCCUUCUCUUGCUGUUGCUGAUUUACUCUCCAGUUGGCAUCUGUUUGAUGUUGAUACGGAUCUUUCUCGGUGUUCACGUGUUCUUGGUCAGCUGUGCGCUUCCAGAGAGUUUUGUUAGAAGAUUUAUUGUCCGGGUUAUGUGCUCAGUCCUGGGGAUGCAUGUGAGACAGAACAACCCUCGCUCCAGAGACAGGAACACCAAGCUGUACAUAUGCAACCACGUGACGGAGUUCGACCACAACAUCAUCAACCUUCUGACCCCCUGCCAUACUCCCCAGUUGGAGGGCUCCACAGGCUUUGUGUGUUGGGCCAGAGGCUUCAUGGAAAUCCAUUCAGCGUCUGGCCAAGAAGCAAUCGGAGAGUCUCUUCAGAGGUACUGCUCUGCUGAAGGCACCCCUCCUUUGCUUCUGUUCCCUGAAGAGGACACCACAAACGGCCGUGCCGGCCUGCUGAAGUUCAGUUCCUGGCCUUUCUCACUGACUGAUUCCAUUCAACCUGUGGCCUUACGGGUGACCAGACCAUUGAUUGCUUUGAGCACACCGGAGUCAAGCUGGCUGAUGGAGCUCUUAUGGACAUUUUUUGUUCCAUGUACAGUGUAUCAUGUAAGUUGGCUCCCACCAGUAUCCAGACAAGAUGGCGAGUCCAUGCAGGAGUUCGCCAACAAAGUCCAGGAGCUAUUGGCAGGUGAACUUGGCUUGGUCUCCACCAAGAUCACUAAAGCUGAUAAGGCCGAGCACAUCAAACGUAAAAGGCACAUCGUACCACAAACAUCCACAAGUGUCAGACCUGGCUCUAUUGGCCUCGGUUUCAUGGUCCAGAGUUUGGGCACCGAUGACCACAGGAUUGCUAAGAUGGCCCAACAGGUGAAGGACGUGCUGCCUCAUGUCCCGCUGAAUGUCAUCGCCAAGGACUUAGCAAAAACCAAUUGUGUUGACACCACCAUAACAAAUCUGCUGGAGAACAAGGAGGAAAGUCCAAUGGAAGCAACCGGAACGUCGACCUUUGGGUCUUCUAUGAACAGCUCCUAUCCCUCUGGUCCGGCUCCCACCAUAAUGCCUGCUGCCAAAUCUUUUGGGAGAUCACCAGUUGACAGACAUUUGUCUCUCCAAGAGAGAAAAGAAGCACUCUAUAAUUUUGCAAGAAGACGCUACAUUGAAAAACACGGACUGGAUGAAGAAGACAGUCACUGAACACACUUUGGGUCAAGCUUUCACUGAAAACAUCCGAGAGAAGCUCAUUCUACCUGCAUAGCUGUCUAAUUUGAAUGGUGAUUUUCUAUACCGUCAACUGGUUCUGUUGCAAAACAGAUUUAGUUAAUUGCAGAUAACGGAGGGGAGUAUUCAGAACAUGUAUAUGUCGAUGGAAUGGUGAUUGUGCAUGUUUAAUUCUUCAUUCUGGCUGAUGCAUCAUUUUGAUAACAAUUUGUAUUACGAUCCACUGACUGUGAAUCAUCUAUUUAUUUUUAUAAUGUCCAGAGUCGUUGAUGAAAAUAAAGUUCAGCUUGGCCGUAACAAAUUUGUCACUGAUGUUGUUUCAGUUGCGUCUCAACAGGCUGGAUGGGGGGGGGGAUAUGAAGCAAUGCUUUUUUGAAUAUUCUUCAUUUAUAGAUUUACCUCUUCAGGACAUUAGGACUGUUGGAGAUGUAUUAAAAGUAAAAUGUUAACCCGACUAAACAAUUACAAUAUGUAUGCUACGGUGAUGUCAUAUGAAUGUAUUAAUAGUUUUACUGCUAUAAAUACAACAGGAAAACAAAAACUGAAUCUCAUUACACAGUAGUGUACAAGACUUCAAAUGGAAUAGUUCUAGGCCUUGAUGAUCGGGGUAAAAACUAAACAGUUUAUGCAACACAGAUCAAAAACUCCACAUUACAGACGCCAAAUGUGUAAGAACCAACUAACAACUAUAUUAUUGGCCAUUGUGUAUUACAGUCGGGAUAUGUUAUAUCUAUAUAAUCUACUUGUUUAGGUCUACAUGAUACUAGGAUGGGGUGAAUGUCGAGUUAUGCCGUUGUGUGUGUGGCCUCUGAGAUCAGCACUCUUACCGACUGUUGCGCUCAGUAAGCAACACAGCCAUAGAUAGAAUGUGAACACAGCCUCUGAUUUGUCGACAGACUCGACCCUAUGCAUCAUGGGAUAAAUCACGCCUCCAGCAGGCCUCAGCUAACGUCAACGACUCCUUUAAGCAUAGGUAAAUGGAUAACUAAUAAGACAUUCAUUGUUGGAUUUAUUAGUUUGAUAAAGUCUUUCAAAAACACUGUUGUUCCAUGCUGGAUUACCAAACUUCUAAAAGGGACACUAAUUGGAAAAAUACAACAGUGAUGGAGUGCGGGGCAAUUGAAAGUGAGUUUCUUGACCUCAGCAUUCCAGAGAUAUUCUAGUAAUGGUGAUUAACAUACUCUGAUGGGUUUUAUUUUGCAAAUUCAACCGAUCUGCGGAUGACCGUUUAUCAAAAGUGGCAAGUGUACAGGCCUUGGUACUACAUGAACAACAUCGGGAGAGAAAUAAAUAGUGGCAGGAGGGCAACAACAGCUGAUUAACACAAUACUCACAAUUAAUGUAAGAGAGUAGAGUAUAACUAGAACAAU